GAACGCAACUCCCUUUGUAACACACCCUCCAGUACAAUACUUAUAAUCGCGAAGCAUUUAGCUAAAGUUUAUCGUUCGAGGUAUUCGUCCUAUCUGUUUGUCACUUAAGGCUGUUCGUUUACUCUUUGUGGUAACUUAUAUUUAGCGCUAUGGAAUCUGGAGGUAAAUUGGGCAAAUUAAAAGCAAAAUUAGCUGAAAUAUCUAACCAAAUUGACGAGGCAGAUUCGCGAAAAGCUGAAGCUAAAGCAAGCUUAAUAGAAGCUUCUUCAAGACUCGAAAAGGGAGAAAGUGAGGUUGCCAGCAUUGAACGUCGCAUUCAACUUUUAGAAAAAGAUUUAAGUGAUGUUAAUGCUAGAUGUGAUGCAUCAGAUGAAAAGCUGAACGAUGUUACUGACACAGGAACUUCAAUCGAGGAAGCUCGUAGACAACUUGAAGAGAACGAAACAGCUGGUGAUGAAAGGAUCCAACAGCUAGAGGAGGAGGUGAAAGAAACAAAGCGAAGUCUUGAAGAGAACCAAACAAAAUUAACUGAAGCAGAGCGAAAACUGGUUGUUGUAAAUCGUGACAUAGAACGAACACAAGCGAAAGCCGAAGCGUUGGAGAAACGAGUUUCUGUCCUAACUGACACAAUAGACAACGCAAAAACUAGUCUUGCAGUUCUGGAAGAACGAGAAAACGAUUCAAGUUCAAAAGAAGAGCGAAAUGCAGAAGAGCUGCUUCUCCUAGAAGGUCAAUUCAAGGAAGCUGAGGUACGUGCCGAAGCUGCCGAACGAAAUUGCACAGUUUUGGAAAGAAAUAUCAGUGAAGCAACGGCUGAGAUAAACAGUUGGAAGGCGAAGAUUCAGGAAAUUGAAAAAGAAAUGGAAGAGAUGGAUGACAUCGAUUCUGACAUUGAAUAAAUAAUUUCCUACAAUUUUCAUUUUAUUGGAGGGGACUUAUUGGGACUUUUUAACGUUUUCUUUCAAUAUCAACACCAAAAGUGAACAUUUAAAGAUAAAAUGAUUCACAAGACAGCUUUUGCUUAUUCCAACAUCCUCCGCGUACACAUGUGACUAUAAAACUCUGGUUUCUUGUAUUAUAGUGUUAUUUAUUUUUCUUACAACAAAAUUUCUAUAGUGUAAAUUUUGUUUCAUAAACAACCUGGCUUAAUAGCAAAGCUCUCUCAGAGCAAGUAAAAUUCUCUAAGUUCGUCCAAGGAGUCCUGUUUUAUGUAUUUUGUUUGAAUCUUGCUCCGUUACCUUGGGGUAUCCUUGUAAAAUUAAGAAUUUAGAUGUUUUUAUAGAAAAUUUUCAACUACUUUGUAACUAUUGUUAAUUGUUUCAACAAUGCAAAAAAAAUUAUCACAUCACUAUUGUGUUCGAUAAAAGAAUUACCACUGAGGUGUUGGCUUGUGUGUUUAAAAGUUAAAAAAAACCUUUAACAUGUAUUUAAUCUACGUUUGCAAAAAAGUGUGUGCUAUAUUUAUGCAGUUUUAGUCUUUAUUGGGCCAGUUGUAGGUCUUUUUGUGGUCCAAUGUGCACUAAUUUAAUCCAUGUUUGUUGUUUUAUACCCUGGUGGUUUUACUUUUGUGUGUAAAAUAUUUAACAUUUGUUCUCCACCUAUUUUUAAGCGUUUUUUGAAAGGUUGUGAUAAUUAUAUGAACAAUGAUGCACAGAUAGAUCACUGUACACUUUUUUUGCACAUAUGCACUGUGAAAUAAUAUAUUUUGUUUA